AUGAUUGAAUUGAGGAGGGAAGCCAGGGAGAACUUCCUGACAUGCGCCGUGACAAUCAGCAUCUCCACGGCGGUUGUGGCGCUUAGAUUCUUCACCCGAUUCUAUCUCGGCCAGAAGCUUAUCUUGUCUGAUUAUCUAUGUGUGCUAUCACUUGCGGUAUUCGGCACGUACUGUGGACUUUUGAUCAACUAUAUCUUCAAUGUUUCGGAGGUGGGAGCUUUCGAAGGCGCAUUUGUGCCGUCUGCAAAUAGCGUCUCCAUACAAGAGACCAUGGACUUCAUGAAGAAUAGCUAUGUUCUGAUGCUACUAUUUACGUCGACCAUCACCAUCGUUAAACUGAGUAUCAUAUCGUUCUAUUGGACCAUAUUCGCAGUCAACAAUACCCAGAGAUAUUUGAUUAUGGGCGCAACCGGCCUCGUCGUCUCCUGGUGGAUCGCCUUCUUCUUCGUCAUCGUUUUCCUGUGUACUCCGAUCAGCGCCAUGUGGGAAAAGGUCUUCGAGCCAGGUUAUUGUCUCUCAACGCCUCACGUUCUACUUGGCUACGAGCUUAGCAACUUAUUCAUCGACGUCAUCAUGUUGUGUAUUCCAACACUUGUCGUCUCGAAAUUGCAGCUAAGCUCAAGCAGGAAAUGGUCACUAAUCGCCAUGUUCUUAAUGGGUGCAGCCGUUUGCGUUGCAAGUAUCGUUCGGUUGACAUAUAUCUGGCGGCCACCUAACGUCGCCCUUGACUUCGAUACUUCGAGAACGGUCGUAUGGUCAACACUUCAGUCAGGCAUGGCCAUCAUAUGUGCCUGCUUACCGAUGCUCGGGACACUCUUUACUCGCAACCGAAGCCAACCAUCGUCAAAAUCAAGAACAUGGGGAGACUCGGGGCAACGUGCUGGCUCAGGAUACAAGAGAACCAACAGUCCGAACGCCAGUGUUGAUAGAUGGAAUGACGAUCCAAAUGGACGCUUUCACUCUAACUCCAAAGGUUGGGCCACCCGCGACAACGAUAGCGCUGCGUCAGACGAUAUUCCACUCGACCCGAUCCCCGUGAACAAGAUCCAUGUCAAGCGGCAGGUGCAAGUGUCUUAG